CCUCACAUUCAUUUUCAAGCUUCAACCAAUUAUAGUACCAAUCAUCACCUAAACUAAACAUUUUUUCUUCUCUCCUUUGUUUCUUUUCUUCUUGCUUCUAUCCAUUUUCCAUUUUUGGAUUCCAAAUACUUCACUUAUAUCCGGAGAGAAAUGGACGUUCACCAAAAAAGUGUAUGUUCUGAUCUCUCUGGUAAAUCUUCAAAAGCAAAGAACCAAAAGCAGGAUUCACAGUCACAACCAUCACUGUACUUAACAAACGCAGUUUUCUUCGGUCUCUUCUUCUCUGUUGUGUACUUUCUUCUUCAACAGUGGCGUGAGAAGAUCCGAACCUCUACACCUCUCCAUGUCCUCACAAUUUCUGAGAUGGCUGCUGUUGUUUCCCUCAUCGCUUCCUUUAUCUACCUUAUGGUUUUCUUUGGCAUUGGCUUCAUCCUUCAUCCCUUUUCCGUUCUUGAAGAAGAAGAUGAUGAAGCCGUCAUUGAAAAAUACUCCGAUUCAUGCCUCGCUGGAGUGUCUCCCAAGCUACCUCCGCUGGCGCCAAAAAUCUUAGUCGAAAAAGUUGCUCCAGCACCGGUGCUUCUUUCCAUGGAAGACGAGGAAGUUGUCCGUGCAGUGGUAUCAGGAUCGAUUCCAUCUUACUCGCUUGAAUCGAAGCUCGGAGAUUGCAAACGUGCAGCGGCUAUUCGGAACAAAGCAGUGGAAAGAGUGACCAGAAGGUCACUUGAGGGUUUACCAAUGGAAGGCUUUGAUUAUGAUUCUAUAUUAGGACAGUGUUGUGAGAUGCCGAUAGGGUUUGUUCAGAUUCCAGUAGGUGUUGCCGGUCCUUUGUUGCUUGACGAAAUGGAGUACACUGUUCCGAUGGCAACGACUGAAGGUUGUUUGGUUGCAAGUACUAACAGAGGCUGUAAAGCUAUUUAUGUUUCCGGUGGUGCUUCCGCUAUUGUCCUCCGUGAUGGCAUGACUAGAGCCCCCGUUGUUAGAUUCAACUCUGCCAAAAGAGCUUCUCAGUUAAAGUUCUUUUUAGAAGAUCCUCAAAAUUUUGAUUCCCUCUCUCACACUUUCAACAAGUCAAGUAGAUUUGCGAGAUUGCAGAGCAUUAAAGCUAAUAUGGCAGGAAAGAAUUUAUACAUUAGAUUCACUUGUUCAACCGGUGAUGCAAUGGGGAUGAACAUGGUAUCCAAAGGUGUACAAAAUGUACUUGAUUUUCUUCAAAUCGAUUAUCCUGAUAUGGAUGUUAUCGGUAUAUCAGGAAAUUUUUGUUCGGACAAGAAAGCUGCGGCAGUUAAUUGGAUUGAAGGGAGAGGGAAAUUUGUGGUGUGUGAGGCUGUAAUUAAGGAAGAGGUGGUGAAGAAAGUGUUGAAGACAAGUGUUGACUCUUUGGUUGAGCUUAACAUGCUCAAAAACCUUACUGGUUCUGCCAUGGCCGGUGCUCUUGGCGGAUUCAAUGCACAUGCUAGUAAUAUUGUUUCUGCUAUUUACUUGGCUACAGGUCAAGAUCCAGCUCAGAAUGUUGAGAGUUCUCACUGUAUGACCAUGAUGGAAGCUGUGAAUGAUGGCAAAGACCUUCAUAUCUCUGUCACUAUGCCUUGCAUUGAGGUGGGCACAGUAGGAGGGGGCACACAACUUGCAUCACAAUCAGCUUGUUUGAAUUUACUCGGUGUUAAGGGUGCUAGUAAAGAUUCACCAGGAGCAAAUUCUAGGAAACUUGCAACUAUUGUAGCGGGUUCAGUCCUUGCCGGAGAGCUCUCACUGAUGUCUGCAAUUGCAGCUGGGCAACUUGUUAAGAGUCACAUGAAAUACAACAGGUCUAGUAAAGAUGUCUCCAAAGUUGCUUCAUAAGGUGGCCAUUUCACAAUACCACAACUGUGUCAUAAACAUGCAUGUAUUGUAAAGGAAUGAACGAAAAAGAAUGACAGAAAAAGAAAUUUCAAUGUAGAAGUAUAAAUUAUUUUUAAACUUGACUUCUUUAAUGCAUUGUCCAUGUGAGGAGGAGAUCAUCAUAUUCAUAUCUUUAUGAAGUUGUAUAGAAGGAAUUAAAUAAGACUUUUUUUAUGAAAAAACAGGAAAACAGAAAUCUUUAGUGUUGUUGUAUGUCUCAAGUCUCAUCUAAAUCUCAAAUAUUUGUUA